AAUCAGAAAUGUUGCCGGAAGUCGUUUAUGAGGUCUGUACAAUUUACAACAAUACCACUGCCAAAUGUAGAACACUGUAACGGACACCACUUUUACUUUUUUUACACCAUGCAAACCUGAGAUGCAAACGCCAACAUACCUUUUACUGCCACAAUUUAGUGAGUACCUGUAGACAAAUGGUGAAAAAAAUCUAUAUUUAUCUAAAUGAUAGCCGACAUUUUAUUUGAUAUAAACUGAUGACCUGCCGAAGGAUAAUUUAAGAAGAUGUCGACCAGUCGCUUCACGCUCUAUUAUUAUUAUUCAUCAUUCUGCUCACAAAAGGUACUACUAGCACUUUUUGAAAAAGACUGCAGAUUCAAUCGUAAGCUGGUAAACCUCCAUACUGGUGAACAGAACAGUCCUGACUACAUGAGAAUAAAUUCUGAUGGGCUAGUCCCUGUUUUAAAAGACGGAGAGAAAAUUAUCGUAGAGUCAGACAAAAUAAUUGAAUAUAUUGAUAAAGAAGUAAAAUCAGGACCGAAGUUGAUUCCAGAUCCAAAUACUUCAGCUGACAGGGAAGUCCAGAGAUUACGAAACUUAAUGGCGGAUAUAAAUGUGAGAUUGUUGACAUUUGGUGUUAUAGCUAAUCAAGAGUUGUCCAUCAGCGGUGUAAAAAUGCCAAGAAUAUUUCUUAAGAUAAUUUCAGGUCGAUCUGGCAGGGAUAUGGUAACAAACUUAGAAAGAAAUGCCGUUAAAUACCCAGACUUACGCCAAGCAUACUUGACAAAAGCUGAAAAGACAAGGAGGAGCAUAGAUGAUGCUUUUAAGAAAGAGAAUGUAGUAAAAUGUUUAGAUGAUACCGAAAGAACUUUUGAUCAAUUAGAAGAAAGUUUACAGAGCAGUCAAGCAGGAGUAUCUGGAAAGGAGUAUUGGCUAACAGGUUCUCAGUUCAAUGUAGCAGAUAUUAUUCUUGCUGUCAUAAUGGAUCGUUUGACAAUACUAGGUCUUGAAGACAGAUUCUUUUCAAAAUCAAGACGACCGCUGUUGUUUGAUUAUCAACAAAGAAUUGGUCAGAAGAAAUCUGUAAAGAUGUUAAGAACAGAGGCAAAGAAAAUAGGACCGCUACUGCUAUUGUCGGGUGUCAAAUCAGUGGCUCCUUAUGUUGGUAGUGUGGCAGUACUAGCUUUGGCGAUUGGAGCUGGUAUUUGGUACCUCAAAAAUAAAUGAAAUAUCAAACGAGAUAUGAUCAGUUUUUUUUUUGGCAUACUAUAAGCGAAUACAAGAAGAUAAAGGUGUUGGGUCAAUGAGAUAGUUACCCAACA